AUGACAUCUCAAUUCGAGACUAGCAUAAGAUUCCGGGAGGUGACGUCAAGGCCCUUUUCACCUGACCCAGAUACUCACAGAGGCCGUAAGAGGCACCGGAGCCUUACAAGAAGUGAAAUGACGGCCAUCCACUACGGCGGGACGGGCGAGUCCAGCACCUUCCGCGGCCGUCCCCGACGUCGAUCGACCUCGCCGAUGCUACUAUCGUCUAGAGCCUCUUCACGAGCCAUCUUGAAUUCUUCCGUAUCGCCUAUAAGGAAGCGCCUUCUCCGCGUUGUCCUGAUUGACCGACGACGAAGCCAGAGCCCGUCUCGAUCCCGGUCACCUAAUCAUCAGCAGGCACCGCCUCGACGCCGUCAGAGGACUCGGAGCCGAAGCCGAACCCAUACGAAGGAGGUUUACCAGAAGAAGGAACAGCUUCCUCGACUGUUCACGGAAAAACUAUUCAAGGCGUCUGGCAAACCAUGCCAAGAUUGA